GCGCAGGGAGCUCAGGCAAGGGAAUGCAUGGGCUAUGUGAUCUUCAUUGGGCUCGAUUGGUCGCGCUUUAGAUCACAAGCUACAUUCAUGAGCCACGUGGACCGUGACUAUGCCACGUGGAUGUCAUACGUGGCAGUGUUUAAAUCUUUUUGGCGGGAUGGGCAAGACGGCUGGGCGCUUGCUUGCUUCUGUGAUGCGCCUGAUGUCUCUAUCGUGCUCAAGGGGCAGAGCCUGCCUUUCAUGGGAAGUGACAACUAUCUGAUUAAUUCUCUCGUCAGGCCGAGGGAAGGAAUCCCCGCUCAGUUCCAGGUGUUGCUGCUCCCCAGAUUCAAAUGGCAAUCGCAGGAAUUAUACAACAUCAAUGCUCGUGGAGAUAACGUUCCCUUGGAUGGAGCUCAGUCCCUGCUGCUCCCCAGCUUCAAAUGGCAAUCACAGGAAUUCUCCAACAUCAAUGCUCGUGGAGAUGACGUUCCGUUGGAUGGAGCUCAGUUCUUGCUGCUCCUCAGCUUCAAAUGGCAAUCACAGAAAUUCUACAACAUCAGUGCUUGUAUACUCGGAGGUAAUGUUCCCUUGGGUGGAACUCGAGCUGCUACAAGCAUUGUUCAAGAGUCGCUCAUCAUUGGCUCGACUGUAAUGGUUUUACCGGCCUUUCAUCUUGUGAGUGCCAAUCAUAAGGGGAAAACUCGGGCCGACAAGAUUGCUUGCUUUGAGAUCGAGAGCUGCACUGGUGAAGUGAGUUUUUCAAUGGAACUCUCAAGCCUUGUGAGCAUACAUCCAAUUGGCUGCUGCCCCCACAAAGGAUUCAAGCCCCUCCUUGAGGAGGUGGAGAGAUAUCUUCUGGGGCACAAGAUCAUCUCCAUCUCUAUUCCAAGCCAGCAAAGCCAGCUCAUAGAGCAUGGAACUAUUGGGCUAGCACUACUUUGCAAGCAAGGAUUCUUGGUUCUCUUUGAUUCCCUGACAACUGCAACUGAAGGUGAUGGAAGUGUUGUUGAGAUGAGAAGGAACGUGCAGAAGAUUGUCGAAGUAAGAAGUGAGCCAAGACUUCGAGUUGGCUUUGCUGGGGAAGUAGCUGUGUGUCGUCAACUCAUCAAGCUUUUGCAAGUGAAGCUGAGCAAGAAGGAGUUGACACAUUGUGAUGCCGUCAAGUUCAUGAUGAAGAAAGCAAACCUGUUCUCAAGCACAGAUGGCAACUUCAGUGCAUCUUUCUUCAUCUACGAUGAGAAGACACUAGUGAUGAUCAAGGAUGAAGGCAACGGAUUUAAGGCAACAGCGCUUACGAAGGAGCAAUCAGUGUUGGUCAUUGGUUCCGGAGCACGACAAGCACGAAUGAUUCUUGCACAGCCGGUUCAAGGACAGAACCAUGGGGAAGCAGCAAGUGUGGGAGAAGCUCUUUCUUUGGGUCUCGACGCCUUUGCUCAAGCUUGUGUUGAGAAUCCAGAAUGUGGAGGGGAUUUGUGCGUCAUUGACGGCAGCAGAAACAUCGACUUUGGUGGAAUGGAGUUCAAGAAGGCACUUGAAAGAGCAGAGUCGGAUAACGUUUCCUUCCAGUAUGCGAGGCGAGGAGUGCAAAGAAACGCGAUGAACAUCAAUAUUGCAUUGUUUGGCAAACAGCAGAAAGCUGCUUCGGCCAGGGAUUUUUCUGCGGAAAAUGUCCAGAGCGUCAAAGAACAAGAAAAGGGACACAACCGAGGUGGUGCCACUCAUUGCUUCCAAGAGUUCAACCAGCAUCAGAGGAGCAUCACCAGCAGCCAAAACAUCGACUCACGUGAAUUGAAAUCUACCAAAGCUGUGGAUGUGCUAGUAAUGGUUCAAAACCGAGGAGUCUAUACGCUCGCCACUCAUCGCUUCCAAGUCAAUUACAAAACAAGGGAGUUCAGCAAGCACCAGAGGAUCAUCUGGUUCUCAAAAAAGUGUUGCAUGAUUGUCUGGUUCUAGUGAGGUGAAAAGGCUACGUGUUGGAACUGUAUCUUCGAAGCAUUAAGGUCUAUUGAAAGUAAAAUGGAUGGAAGGUAUGAUGGAUUGGAAAUGUCAGAUCGCAGUUAGAAGAAGAGGAACAUAACCGUUAGUUCACCGAGAAGAAGAAGAUAAGUGUUAGUUAAGCUAGAAGAAGAGGAAGAUAACCAUUAGUUCCUCAGUUGCUUCUUUGUUUGUAUUUUUUACUGUCGGGUAAAGCUUUUGAGAUAUUUGCUUG